CUGUUUUCACACGCAUGACACACUUCACUUCUCUCCUCACUUUCGGGUCAGUCUUCUGAAGAUCUUUUGGGGGGUUGUGAAUUUGUGUCUUCCUGGCUCCCAACCCACACGCAACGCAACCAUAGAAUGGAAUGAAUGAAGGCAAAGCUUAUACUUAUAAUAGAGAGAUAGAAAUUGGUUGUGAAAAACAGAAGCACUUUGUUUCUAAGUAAAAGGAAUCUUCAGCUGCCAUGUUUCAUCGCUGGAGCAAUUCUCAUCAACAGGAUCAGGGAAGCAGCGAGCUUUAUGCUGAAUCCAAGAUUAAAGAGCUGAAGGGUGUUAUCGGACCCUUAUCUGGACGCAGUUUGACGUAUUGCACUGAUGCAUGUUUUAAGAGAUAUUUGGAAGCUCGAAACUGGAACGUAGACAAGUCCAAGAAGAUGUUGGAGGAGACACUCAGGUGGAGAUCAACCUAUAAGCCAGAGGAAAUUCGCUGGCAUGAGGUUGCAAUGGAAGGAGAGACUGGGAAAUUGUAUAGAGCAAGUUUUCAUGAUAGACAAGGAAGGACUGUUCUUAUUUUGAGACCUGGAAUGCAGAACACUACUUCAAUGGAGAAUCAGUUGCGGCAUCUUGUGUAUCUUUUGGAAAAUGCCAUGCUUAAUCUUCCACCGGGUCAAGAACAAAUGUCAUGGUUGAUAGACUUCACUGGGUGGUCAAUAACCAACAAUGUGCCCCUUAAAUUAGCCAGAGAGACCAUCAACAUUUUGCAGAAUCACUACCCUGAGAGGCUUGCCAUAGCAUUUCUUUACAACCCCCCUCGAGUUUUUGAAGCUUUUUGGAAGAUAGUCAAGUACUUCUUGGACAACAAGACAUUUCAGAAGGUGAAGUUUGUCUACCCGAAUAAUAAAGAUAGUGUGCAGGUCAUGAAGUCCUAUUUUGAUGAGGAAAAUCUGCCCAAAGAACUAGGUGGAAAAAGCAUAAUGAGUUAUAACCAUGAGGAGUUCUCCAGAUUAAUGGUUCAGGAUGAUUUGAAGUGUGCAGCAUUUUGGGGAUCUGAUGGGAAGCUCUCAAACCACAUUGUCAACGGGAAUUCUGCAUCAGUUCUAAAAUGAAGCUCUCAUAAUGUUUGGAUUACCGUUUGCAGGUGGUGAAUCUAUAUUGAAAGUACGUAGGGAGAAGCAUGCUUUUGUUACUUUUGAGUUAAUAACUUUGGAAGGAUUGGAACGGUAAUCCAAACAUACACUUGGUUUUAGUGGAGAUGGUAUGGAUACUAAUCAUUGUAAAGCCAUUAGCUCCUGGCAAAUUAGAACUAGGGGUGCAUCCCCAGUUUAAUUAAUUACUGCAAAGAGGGAUUUAUAAUACAGUUAUCAUUUAUAUACUGCAUCACUAUUCCAUCCUGA